AUGAUGCGAUCCAAAUCAGUCAAACCAUCGUUAUACCCCCCCGUCCCCUUUCACACCAUUCGCACCAUCGCCCUGCUCUCCUCCGUGAUAGUCGGCAUCAUCCUCGCUGUCUUCAUCUACCACUUGAAAAGCGGCGGCUACAAACUCCCCUGGACCUUCCUAGUACUCCUCAUCGCCGCCAUCCUCUCCCUCCUCAACUAUGUCCUCACAACAAUCACACACACCUGCCACGGCCUCUCGCCGCGCCUCUCCCUCCUCUCCAACACCAUCCUCCUCAUCCUCUGGCUCAUCUCCCUCGGCCUCCUGAGCUGGAGCAUGUUCGGCACAAUCCUCACCUCUUGCACCGCAACCGACUGGGUCACCGCCACCGGCAUCUCAGUCUGCCGCACCUACAAGGCCCUCUUCGCCUUCACCUGCACCGGCACCAUCGCUGCCAUCGCCGCCGUCGUCCUCGACGUCAUCGUGCAUAAACGCCAAACCCGCCUCGGCAGCUACGACCCCAUGACAAGCACGCAGGACAUCAAGCUGCACGAGCGCAACAGCAGCGUCAUGUCCGGUGCGGGUAUGCACACGGUCCCUCCCACCGGCGCUGGCGCUGUGGGCCCUGACGACGAACGCGCCCCGCUGCAAUACAACCAUGCCCACAGCCACGCUGCGAAUCCCUACGCAGACGCAGACGCAGACAUCCCCGGCCCGGACUACGCGAACCACUCCGCCUACCCCGCCCCGCCGGCCGUCUACGGCCACGCCUCGUCGGGGCACUACCAUGCCGGUGAGGCGCGGGAGUUUUCGGAUGUGGCGCCGGCGCGGAGCCAGCCGGGUGGGCCGCGGGCGCGGUUUAGUGGUGCUGAGUAUCCGGGGUAUGGGAAUGGGAAUGGGAAUGGGAAUGGGUAUGGACAUGGGUAUCCAGCGGAGCAGACGGGGUAUGACCCCGGGGCGUACCGGUGA